AUGUCCGAACCUAAUAGCUACACAGUCGGAUGGAUAUGCGCCAUAAGUACAGAGUACGUUGCCGCACAAGCGUUCUUGGACGAGGAACACGAAGGACCGGAACAUCUGUCGCCCAAUGACAACAACGAUUAUACUCUGGGAAGAAUGGGGAAACACAAUGUCGUCAUUGCUGUCUUACCCAGCGGGGAGUAUGGCGUAUCCCGCGCUGCAGGUGUUGCGAGCGACAUGAUGCACAGCUUCCCUAAUGUCAGAAUUGGUCUAAUGGUUGGCAUUGGUGGCGGUGCGCCAAGCCCAAAGCAUGAUAUUCGUUUGGGUGACAUUGUGGUCAGCGAUCCUCGAGAUGGGAAUGGUGGCGUGCUACAGUACGACUUUGGCAAAACCAUUCAAAGUCAGACCUUCCAGCGAACAGGCCUCUUAAACCAGCCGCCUACAGUCCUACGGGCAGCGGUAAAUGGACUCAAGGCACAGUACGAGAGCAAAGGUCACCGGCUUGAAGAGAGCAUAAAUGGCAGUCUUCGAAAGAAGCCAAGACUACUGAAGAAGUACAGCCGCCCAAACCUAAAUAGUGACAGGUUGUAUCAAUCCAGAGUCGUGCAUCCUGUAAACGACGAUGUGAGCUGCGUGGCAUCCUGUGGUACUGGUCGAAAAAGGCUGGUGCUACGAUCCGAACGUACUCAAGAUCAUGACAAUUUGACGAUCCACUAUGGCGUUAUUGCCUCGGGGAACCAGCUAAUGAAGGAUGCUUCGGUGAGGGACAAGCUGGCCGCGGAAGAGGACAUUCUAUGCUUUGAGAUGGAAGCAGCGGGACUGAUGAACCACUUUCCUUGCUUGGUUAUACGCGGGAUUUGCGAUUACUCGGACUCCCACAAGAACGAGGAGUGGCAGGGCUAUGCAGCAAUGGCGGCCGCAGCAUAUGCGAAGGAUCUCCUCCGCCGAAUAACUCCAAAUAGGGUUGAAACGGAGAAGAAAAUUGGCGAUAUUCUAUACGGCCUCCGUGAAGUCACACAAAAUCAACGAGACAUUGCAAAGAAGCAGCUUGAAGCCCAGACAAGCUUUGCUAAAGAGAGGCUCUCCGAGAAAGAGGAAAAGUGUCACCAACUGUUCCGCCUCACGACUGGCAGUAGGGACGCUACGUAUGAGUGGUAUAAAGAUCGAGUGGAAGAAAGGGUUAAAGAUACCUGCUUCUGGUUCCUCAAGCACGAGCACUUCCAGAAAUGGAUGAAGCAGGACUCCGGGCCAUUACUAGUCACGGCUGAUCCUGGCUGCGGAAAGUCAGUAUUGGCCAAGUACCUGAUAGACCAGUAUCUGCCGCGACCAACAACGAUCUGCUACUUCUUCUUCAAAGACCAAGACCAGAACACCGUCCGGCAAGCACUUUGUGCUCUACUUCACCAGCUCUUUGCACAGAAGCCGUUUCUGAUCGGGCAUGCUAUGACACAGUUUCGUACGGACGGCCAAGGUUUGAUCAACUCUACAGAUUCGCUCUGGAAGGUUCUGCGAAACGCUAUACAUGAUCCAAAGGCAGGGCCUGUAAUCCUUGUCCUGGAUGCCCUGGAUGAAUGCGCCGAAUUAGAGUUUGCGGACCUGAUGCGGAAUGUAGAGAGCCAGUUCCGUAGCGACAAGUGGGGUCAUGGCAAGUUAAAGUACCUUCUAACUUGCCGCCCCUAUGAACAAAUAGUGUCCAAGUUCCGUGGCCUGUUAGAAGUUUUUCCAAAUAUGCGUAUACCAGGAGAGGAAGAGUCGGAAAUCAUUAAUCAGGAGGUGAACCGCGUCAUUACUCAUCGGGUUAAUCAGCUAUUGGAGAGGAAGAACCUUUCACCCCAGAUGAAGAGCCAUUUAGAGAAAAGGUUACAAGAGACUACCCACCGGACCUAUCUCUGGGUAUACCUUGUGUUCGACUACUUAGAGAGAGAAAACUUUAAGAAGACGCUAAAGGGGAUCGAAUCUGCCAUUGCAACGCUUCCCAUGAGUAUCAAUGAGGCAUAUGAGCAGAUCCUCAGCAAGUCUAAGGAACACCCGAUGGUUCGGAAGGCCUUGAGUAUUAUCUUGGUAGCGAGUCGGCCACUAACUCUCUCGGAAAUGAACAUUGCCGUGAAUAUAGACGAUAAAACGCGGUGCUUUCAGGAUAUUGACUUAGAAGAAGACGAGGACUUCAAGCUAAGGCUUAGAUCGUGGUGUGGAUUAUUCAUCUCAAUCCAUCGUGGCAAGAUUUAUUUCCUUCACCAAACUGCUCGCGAGUUUCUCCUUGCAGAUUUGGUAUGGCCUGCAACUAUUCCAUUACAGGCACAGUGGCAUCGCUCCAUUAAUAUCUACUGUGCGCAUGCCGUCGUUGCGGAGCUCUGCAUACGCUACCUGAACUUCUUCAACUACGAUCUUGGCCUUCCGAAAGACGCGAACAGGGAAGCAGGUAAUUCCACCGACAGCCACGCCUUCUUGGAAUAUUCAGCCAAAUUCUGGGGGGCUCACUUCCGCGAGGCUGGCAUCGUUGAUAACGUUCCCAUUAUACAUUCCGCCUUGGGAAUCUGUGAUCCGGGUUCCAAGAGCUACUCAGUAUGGUUUAAAAUCUACUGGAAGACUACAGGUAUGAAGACAACGGAGCCUUUUACGAAUCUUAUGGUAGCAUCGUACUGCGGCCACCCUGGUGUUGUCAAGCUCCUUCUAGGAAAGGGUGGGGACAUCGAGCCGAGAGACACGGAGUAUGGUCGGACGCCACUAUUUUGGGCCGCCGAGAACGGGUACGAGGCCGUUGUCAAGCUGCUGCUCGAGCAUGGCGCCUGUAUCGAAGCGAAGAGCAACCGUCAUCAGACGCCGCUAUCACGUGCCGCCGAGAAGGGACACGAUACUAUCGUCAAGUUGUUGCUCGAGAAGGGUGCCGAAAUCGAGACAAAGAGUAUCUCUGGUCAGACGCCUUUAUUGCUGGCCGCCAAGUCGGGGCGCGCGGCCAUCGUCAAGCUGCUGCUGGAGAGUGGUGCCGAAGUCGAGUCGAAAGACGUCAACGGUCAGACGCCGCUAUUCUGGGCCAUCGCGAACGGGCGCGAGGCCGUUGUCAGGCUGCUGCUCGAGAAGGGCGCCGAAGUCGAGGCGGAGAAUGAUUCUGGUCAGACUCCGCUAUUGGUGGCGGCCGGGAACGGGCACGAAGCUAUCGUCAGGCUAUUGCUUGACGGGGGUGCCGAGGUCGAGGCCAAGAAUAAGGAUAAUCUGGCGCCGCUAUUUUGGGCCGCCGCGAACGGACACGAGGCCGUUGUCAGGCUGCUUCUCGAGAAAGGCGCCUGUGUCGAAGCGAAGAGCAACCGUCAUCAGACGCCGCUAUCACGUGCCGCCGAGAAGGGACACGGUACUAUCGUCAAGUUGUUGCUCGAGAAGGGUGCCGAAGUCGAGACGAAGAGUAACUCUGGUCGGACGCCGCUAUCGCGGGCCGCUGAGAAGGGACACGAGGCUAUUGUCAAGCUGCUGCUCGAGAAUGGUGCCGACGCCAACGCUGAGAAUAGGGAUAAUCUGACGCCGUUAUCGUGGGCCGCCGCGAAUGGGCAUAAGCCUAUAGUCAAGCUGCUACUCGAGAACGGCGCCAAGGUCGAGGUGAAGAGUAACUCCGGUAGAACGCCGCUAUCGCGGGCUGCCGCGAGCGGGCAUGUGGCCGUCGUCAAGCUGCUACUCGAGAAGGGAGCAGACAUCGAAGCUCAGAAGAGGGAUACUCUGACGCCGCUAUGGGCUGGUGAGAGGGGGCACAAAGGUAUCGUCAAGCUGCUACUCGAGAAUGGCGCCGACGUCAACGCUGAGAAUGGGGAUUUUCUGACGCCUCUAUCGUGGGCCGCCGCGAAUGGACAUGAGGUUAUCGUCAAGCUGCUACUUGAGAACGGAGCCGACAUCGAAGCUAAGAAUAGGGAUAACCUGACGCCACUGUCAUGGGCCUCCGAGAAGGGGCACGGGGCCGUCGUCAAGCUGCUAAUCGAGAAGGGCGCCGAGGUCAAGGCAAGGAGUAAGUCUGGUCGGACGCCGCUAUCGCGGGCCGCUGAGAAGGGACACGAGGCUAUCGCCAAGCUGCUUCUCGAAAAUGGCGCCGACAUCGAGGCGGGGAGUAACUCUGGCCAGACGCCGCUAUUGCUAGCCGCCGAGAAAGGGCACGAGGCUAUCGUCAAGCUGCUACAACGGAAAUCAUGA